AUGUCCCCUGAACCUUCCAAAAUAGGGGAGACCCCCAAACCACCCGACCCUUCCGAGGUCGAGGCCGCGGUGGAACAAGACCCUCCUGAAGACCGCCCUCCGAGUUACGAAGUUGACGAAAAAAUUUCGAGCGGCAGCCAGAUGCUACGGAAGAAGACUGGCGGCUUGGUUCCCCGUUGGGUAGAGAACCCCCUUGCCCGGAAGACUGGGCAACUAGUCUUACAGGUCAAUGCUAAGAAUAUCCCGGGUCUCAUGCGACAUGGUUUUUACUGCUCAUUGGCUAAUUUUGUGCCGGGUCGUGGUUCCAUUCUGCUCGAUAGACGGGAACUGCUCAAAGAGAGAGGUCUCGGACGUACACACUGCAAACAUAUACGAGCGUACAAGGAGAAGGGGAACGAGAACACCGAAAUUGAAUGGAGAGGCAUACUGGAGGUGUACGCUAAGAGCUCUUCUACUCUUAUCAAUUUCGACCUCAACUGGUUGACCCAUGACAACAUGUUAUUCGCGAAAGCUUGGGACUGGAAUUCAAAACAAGUCUAUUCAUACAGUCAGUAUCGAGAGAGAAGAAACGUCAACGUGGUGUAUGAAGGCAUACCUUUGAAAGGCUGGUGGCCCUGGCCAAAAGCUUCGCCGCCUUCACAAGCAGAUCCUUCCAUGGUAGGUGGUUGA